UGUUUCAAACACAGCGCCUUGGAUUUGACUUCGAUUGACAGGAGACACUCUUGGACACAAGCCCCUCUAGAUAUAUCCUCGGAUCGCCUGCAGAUUACGCGGGAGAUGACGUAGGAAAUAGAACGAAUAUACCCCACGAGUGAACUCUCUCUCCUCCCCCCGUGUAGUGCAGCAAGUCGGCGCUGAAGUAGAACCGCUAUUCUGUGUAUGUAAAGGGAUAUACAUAUAUAAAAGCUCAGUGCAGCUCGAACAUCUAGACAUUAUAUCGUCGUCAAACUGUGAAAAGUGUACACAAUUUAAUCAUGGGGAAACUUAAAAUGAUUGCCGAUCCUAAGCUUUAUUACAUUGAGACAGGUGUUCUAAGAUUAACAAUGGCGACGGGACCGCCUAAUUACAAGAUCAUACUGUGUGGGGAAUACGGCGUAGGAAAGAGCUCCAUCUUUAGACGAUUCAUGAACGACACAUUUACUAUGGAAACCGGCAAAAAGUCCACCAUAGGUCUGGACCAGAGCGCAAGGGGGUUUAACAUUAACGGAACUGACGUCAAGUUGACUCUUUGGGAUACUGGCGGUAUGGAGAGGAUGAGUUUUAUUGGUUCCAGUUAUUAUCGAGGUGCGCACGCAGCUUUAUUGUGUUACAGCGUAAAAAACAAAGACACUUUCACCAUCCUGUCCCAGUACAUAUUAGACAUUGUCAUGAACGCCGAGGGGGCCAAAAUUUUUCUUUGCGGCAACAUGGCGGACUGUGAAGGUGAGAACCAAGUGACAGACGCCGAUAUUGAGAACUUCGAACGCGAGUGCGGUGACGUGUUAUCCGGAAUGUACAAAAUCUCGUGCAAAGACAACUCGGGGGUGUUCGAUAUGUUCAAAGACAUGGCCAGAGUUCUCCACCAGGAGGCGCUGGGUAAAAUGACCCUGAGAAGGGAAUUUGAUGUGAUCCGACCGGGCGAGUCGCCGGAAAAUGAAGAAUCUCAGAAGAAAAAAUGUUGUUAAAUGUUUCACGUUUUUAUUAUAAUAAUUCGUUUUAGAGUUCAUUGUCAAGGAAUUCAAAAAAGUUCUUCAUUUAUAAUUAAUCAUUUUUUGUGUGUGUACGAGAUGAAUUUUAAACUAGACUUUUACGUAUACGUAUGCGUAUAAGACUUCUUGAUUAAACAUUUGUAUUUAUUUCAGAUCAUUAAUGCAUGCAUUGAAGUGUUACUGUUUUAUCAUGUGUGAUUUCCAUGUAUUUGUAUACAUUUCUCACGUUUUAAAAACAAAGAUUUUUUCUAUAUACAUGUCUUAAAUGUCCAUGUAAAAUGAGUGAAAUCAUUGUAAUGGAAUCGUAACUUGUUGUCAUGGUUUUGACAUAAACAGAACUUUAACUAUCCAGUAUGUAAAAUGUCUUUUACACAUGCGCAGUGAACUGCGCUCUCAUAAAUGUGUCAUAUUUGACCUGGAACAAAACAUUGUUGAAUGAAUUUUGCAUAUUUUUACAUUUUUAUUUCAAAUGUCUACACGUAUGUUUACAAUAUUUUAUGCAAACCCUUACUUUCAGAGUGCCUUGGCAUUUUUUUCUGAUGUAAUAUACUCACACAUAAUUCACAUAGUUCAGUACAUGUGUAAUUUGUAUUAAACUUGUUAUAUAUUUUUGUCAUUAUUUUGACGUAUUAAUUGCAUGUAAUUAUGCAUAUUUCAUCAAUGUACAGUUAUCAUAUGAUGUUUUUCCCCGUUGUUGUAAAAUAUUGUUUCUGACUUGAAUCAAUGAAGUGAUCGUAAAAGAUA